AUCUGGGGUUUCAAUAGGCUGCCCCAAGGCUGCCGUCAACUAUAUUGUUUGAAAAUAUUGUAAAUUUAUAUGAUUUAUUUAUGAAUAUUACUUAUAUCAACAUUACCUAUUAGUAUUAAUAUUCAUAUGCACUAAGCUCACUUUAAGUAUUAUUGAAUAUUUAUUAUUUCUACAAAUUCAGAAUUAAUUGAAAAAUUGGUAUUCAUAAGGAUCCAAAAUUAUGGGCGAUGAGGAUGUUAUACGUCGCCGCCUUCUAAUUGAUGGAGAUGGAACCGGCGAUGAUCGGCGACUAAAUGUUUUAUUGAAAACUUUAAUUAAAUGGUGUAAUACAGACGAUAGUCCCGAAGACAGCAAGGUAACCCAUGAUCGUAUGCUGGCACAACUUGCACAAUGUGAGUUUGCCGUGACAAAAUCUCAGCUUGGAACAGAAAUGAUGGCUGCUGAACUUCAGAAUUAUGAAAACCUAUCAACUAUACUUGAAAACGGAAUCGAAAUUGCUAAGAAUAAUAUAGAAAAGAGUAAGAUUGAUUUAGCUCAAGCAAAGACUGUGCGUAAAAAUCGUAUUGAAUAUGACGUAAUGGCCAAAGUGAUUAAUGAGCAACCAGAUAGAAAAGAAACGUUAGAGCGACUGAGUACAUUAAAGUCAGAUCUUAGCAGUUUGGAAGCUACAAAGCAACAGUUAGAAAGUAGAUUAGCUCUGCGUAAAAAGCAAUUUCAUGUACUUGUUACGUCAAUACACCAAUUGCAAGCGUUACUCGAUGAGCCAGAUGAUAUGGAGUCGAUAUCUGCUGAUGAUAUUGAUGUGGAUAUGAAGGAGACUAGUGAAUCAUGAUAUUUUUAAGGUUAAUAAAGGAUUUAAUAUA